AUGGGCCGCGGCUGCGGAGCGAGGAGGGAGAGCGGCCGUGAGCUGCGGGGCUCGGGCCGAUCGGCCCCACGUCGCCCGCCAGCCGCGCGCCCGGGGAGGGAGGAGGGGGAGGAGGAGGGCCGCGUCGCCCCCUCGCCCGCGCCGCGGCCCCGGCUGCCCCGCCGGGCCCGCGCGGCAAGCAGCCCGGGGAGCGGUCCCCGCGAGCGCCCCGGGACCGGACGGGCCGCCGGCUGCAACACUGUGCCGGUUCGGGCGCCCGCGCGGCGCCCUCCCGGCUCCCCUGUCCCCGGCCCCCUCUCCGCUCCGUCCGCCCGCCGAGCUCGGACCUGCGCCGCCGGCGACGGCUGGGAGGCGGUGGGAGCGCCGCCGGGGCUGCCCAGAGGCCGGGGCCCCCGCUCCACUUUGCGCAAACUUGUUUUUCUAAGGUCAGCGCCGCGAGCUGGCUACAUCGUCCUCUUAAGGUGGACUGGGGAAGUUGCGACCGACCUCCCUCCCCUCGCCUCCGGGACUCCGGCCGCGGCCACAUCGGGCAGAGACCGUGAAGGUGACCAGCUGAGGCUCUUGGAAAAAUCCAUCACCCAAAUCUAUCUGGGGUACAAGGCAGAGCAAGAGCUGCUGCUUGAAGGUCAGCGACGAGGCGGUCUCCGGGCCUGGGCUUCCAGAAGGCUCUGCCAUCCACCGUUCCCCGGGACACACACGCAGACCUCCCCGGGAUUAAGAAACUGCGGAUUAAGGAAGGAUAAUAAUUGAACCACCUGCUAUUUAUGUAUAGCACCUUUGGCAAAGACAGUCAAGAGGCCUUCCCCACACUGGGGCCCCUUUCAUCCCCCCUUCUGCCCCAGGAAGCAGGGAGCGGUGGGGGUGGGGGUGGGGGUCUGGCCUUGUUCUCCUAAUCCAGAGACCACAGAAAAGUCACCCUUGACUGACGGUCAGGGCUGGGAGGUCAUUGAGACCAGUGGGCAGCUGGGUAUGCUGGGGUCGGGGGACAGAUUACCUGAGGUCACCCCGAGCGAUCGUGGCAGAUCAUUGAGGUGAACCAGCCACCUCCACGGGAGGCCUCCUGGGUUGCCCUGGAUUCAAAUCGAACUUCCUUCCUACGUAUGCCAUUCAUUCACGCACUCGCCAAUACUCUUUAAGCAUCUGUCGUGUGCCAGGCACUGUGCUAGGCUUGGGAAUACAGCACUUGGGCGGGGAGGGGGACAGACAAAAACCCCUGCCCACAAGGCAGGGAAGGGGCCCAGGAGUGCCCACGAGAGGAGACGGGUCGGGGAAGGCCUCUGACGACCUGCUACUUGAGGGAAGACUGCAAGAUUCGGGAAAGGAAGCCAGAGGUGGCCCCGUCUGUGCUUUGCUUUUCUCUGUCACUCCCCGUGCGCAACCUGUCAGCGAUGCCUGUCUCCACCUCCAGAACCAAGCCGCUUCUGAGCGUCUCCACCACCUCCCACCUGGGCACCUUCUUUCCACCCUCAGCCUCCCCUUCUCCCAUCGACUCUCCACUCAGCAGCCAGAGGCGUCCGUUCUGGAAGGCAGGUGUCAUCCUUCCCCUGCUGUCCAGGACUCAGGAAAUGACAUGUGUUUUGUGA